AUGAAGGUCCUCUGGCUACUGGCAGCUGUGAUCAUGGCUUUUGGCCCAAUGCAGAUACAAGGGAGCAUUGCCAACUUUUGGCAAAUGAUCCUACUUAAGACAGGAAAGAGAGCUGAGUUAAGCUAUGCCUUCUAUGGUUGCCACUGUGGCGUGGGUGGCAGAGGAUCCCCCAAGGAUGCAACAGAUCGGUGCUGCGUGGCUCAUGACUGUUGCUACUACCGUCUGGAAAAACGUGGGUGUGGUACAAAAUUUCUGUCCUACAAGUUCAGCUACCGAGGGGGCACAAUCACCUGCGCUGCAAACCAGAACUCCUGUAGGAAACAGCUGUGCCAGUGUGAUAAAGCCGCCACUGAAUGCUUUGCCCGGAACCGGAAAAGCUACCAUUUAAAGUAUCAGUUCUUUCCCAAUAAGUUUUGCAGUGGGAAGUCACCCAGGUGCUGA